AUGUUCUACGUUUUUGGUGGUGAAGGAAACCAAAACUCCAAUACCGGUAUCUUCAAUCAAAUGGAAAUGUAUGAUACUGCUUCCGAGCGAUGGGUUGAGUUGUUGUCGAUGCCUGUUCCUCGUCAUGGUACUCAAGCUGCGGUGGCUGGAGGAUGUAUUUAUAUCCCUGGCGGUGGCCUCCAGCAGGAUGGUAAGGAGGUCAUAGUGGAUGGAGAGACGACUUAUCAUAAUACUACCUCUUACUUUGAUGUCUACUGUCCUUGA